AUGUUACCCGUGGCAUACAAGAAUGGCGACUUCACCGACUUGGUUAUCAGCUGCGGCAAUUCGACAUUCGAUGUGCACUCGGUCGUCGUUGGCUCAGCAUGCGAGUUCUUCGCGAAGAACAUCAAAUUCGGUGGAAAGGAAGCUGAUGAGCGACGCAUCGAUCUGCCAGACGAUGAACCAGAGAUGAUCCGACGCUUGAUCGCUUACCUGUAUCUGGGUGACUACGAUCCCACCGACGACAUUGGCAUCGCCACGUUCGAACAACUCAAGCAAUAUGACCUCAACACAGCAGCGGCGCCCGCUCACCACCCCCGCCGGUACGCAUUUGGAAGCUCUCAGCGUCAUGAUCAAUGCGCUUGCCUCGCGUUGAACCUCAAGAAUAUCGAGCAGUCGGAAAUGAAAAUAGAGCAGCAGAAGAAAGCGUCCCAAUACGUCAGCCACCGAAAGCCCGACAACAGCAUCGAAAUCACCAGUCCGCUUACAAUACACGCGAGCAUGUAUGCGCUCGCUGAUAAAUAUCAGGUGAAGGGGCUUAGCCGACUUGCAAAGACCAAGUUUCGCGAGAGCCUGGAUCACCACGUUGAUUCGGAAGACUUCAUCGCUGCCGUGCAACUCACGUAUAGCAAUACCCCAGAGACCAACCGCGGUCUUCGAGACGAGAUAGUGCAGGCUUUCCGGACAUAUUUCAAGGUGGACAUCACUGAGUUACCUGGCCUGGAGUCGAAGCUAGACACCAUUGACGAGUUGGCUUUUCUGCUUCUCAAAUCCUGGCCCAGGAAGAUGGAAUCCACAAGCCCUCAGAAGUUCGCCUCGUCUGCAGGUGCCGCUCACACGGCUUCUCAUCUGGUUAUUACCGCUGGUCCGCCCACCUCCGGUACCAACGCGACUUCUGGUUCUUCCAACGCUCCUGUGACGAGCACUGGGUUUGCCUCUUAUGCUCAUACGCCAGACGCCGAUGUCGCCUUGCCGCAUACCUCAUUGCUCGCAUACUUCCGUGACUCUGCAGCUGUUCAAGAAACGACAGACACCGGUAUUCUUUCCAGUAACAACACCGAUGGUACCAACGCGCAUCAACUGCUCCAUCCGCCCACCGAUGACAACGAAGACGAAGAGUCAGGACUAGGCUUCUGGGGCGAAGUGGAUGGAGCUAAGAGCUCGUCUGAAUCAUACUCAUUCGGCGAAAGCAGAUCAGCUUGGCGAGGAGCAGCCGCUUUCUGCUGUCUUUGGUGUGCAUUCUCUGUCAUGAUCCUCGGCGCCUUUAGCCUCUAUUUCGCUGUCGACCUUGUCCUCAGCCACUACGGACUGGGUACCGGGAUGGCGGAGUGGGUCAUGUACAGACAACAGCUCCCACCGACCAACAUCCGUGGUGUGAGUCACUCGAAAGACGACAGUGGUGUCGAUGAGUAG